CAUGUUUCAUUACAUUACAUGGUGACAUUGUGAAAAGUGCAAGUCAAAUCACUUCGUCUGCUCUAAUACUACCCAUGGGCUAAAAUCCCAGUAGAGUUCAUCCUUUUAAUCAAUACACUUACUGACAGGUACACAUGCCACAGCAGAAGUCCUGAUUCACCCUCUGUUACUAUUUAACAAACCCGGUGAUCACAUCCUCUGCUCUCAUCUCUUUGGCUCUCUACCUAGUUAUGUAACACUGCAGUUCUGCAAAGCUGCUGAUGUGCCAAAUCCAAAUACCUCCACAUCCAAUCCUCUAUACUACACGCCCAUGGCAUGAAUAUUAACAUUAACCAUAACUACAGGUCAGGUUCCCUAAACUAAUCACUGCGCUCAUUAUAUUGUGCAUUAUAAACUAUCCAGAAUCUGUUUAUGUGUGUGUCAAAGAGAAAGGACACGAGGAGGCAGACAGACAUAGGUAUCAGGACGUGACCAUGUGACCUCACCAGCUGUUGCUGUAUGCUGGUGGAGAAACAGGGAUGUGAGGGCAGAAGAGCGCGCGGGAGGGUGGAGAUGUGAGGAGCUCUAAGGCACACAAUGUGACUGGAAACAAGCCCUGAAUCUGCAGAGCGACAGCAGCGGGGUGAACACGCAGUCACAUGUGAGACACCGAGGAGGGGACCCACUCACGGCUCUUGAAUCAGCACAACACGUUUAUUUGUCACAUCAGCCCGCAGCAUCACGAGAGGACGAGUCCAGCACUGACCGCUCCUGCAUCGUCCGCUCGGACUGAGCCUGUGUCCACUGCAGCUCAGAGGUCUGUCACAGAGGCAAAUGGACCGAAUGGAAACGGCAGAGAAGCUAAAAGGCCACACUCCUGAUGGACCCCUGGAGCUGCUGCGAGGCAAAUAGACAAGCAUUUGACAAGUUGCAGCGUCUUUUUCUGCAUGUACCGUAAGGACCUCCCGCGGGGAAUCAUGUUCAUCAUGGGAUAGAGACGCAUGUGCGCAUUGCCAUGGAUACGAGCACUCGUAAAUUCACGGUCCGGAGAUGGUUCUCCAUCUACCUAAAGAACAAAGCAGCGAGGAACAAGAACAACACGAGCUUCGGUCAGCUCGAGGAUGACAGCAUAUUGAAGGAGUUUGACAUCAGCCACCAUGUGAGGGAGGGCUGUGAGAAAGCAGACCCCUCACAGUUCCAGCUGCUCAAGGUGCUUGGCCAGGGUUCCUACGGAAAGGUGUUCCUGGUGAGGAAGAUCCGAGGAGCAGACAGAGGACAGCUGUAUGCCAUGAAAGUUCUUAAAAAGGCUACACUCAAAGUUCGAGACCGUGUGCGUUCAAAAAUGGAGAGGGACAUUUUGGCAGAAGUUAAUCACCCCUUUAUAGUUAAAUUGCACUACGCUUUCCAGACAGAGGGGAAACUCUAUCUGAUCCUUGACUUCCUCAGAGGAGGCGACCUUUUCACUCGCUUGUCAAAGGAGGUGAUGUUCACAGAAGAAGAUGUGAAAUUUUACCUUGCAGAAUUGGCCUUGGCGUUAGACCAUCUUCAUAGUUUAGGAAUCAUCUACAGAGACUUGAAACCAGAAAAUAUUCUGUUGGAUGAAGAAGGACACAUCAAGAUAACUGAUUUUGGACUGAGUAAAGAGGCCAUUGACCAUGACAAAAGAGCGUAUUCCUUCUGCGGGACGAUUGAGUACAUGGCUCCUGAGGUCGUCAACAGAAGAGGACAUACUCAGAGCGCAGACUGGUGGUCUUUUGGUGUCCUCAUGUUUGAAAUGUUGACAGGAUCCUUACCUUUCCAAGGAAAAGAUCGUAAGGAAACGAUGGCACUCAUCCUCAAGGCAAAGCUGGGAAUGCCACAGUUCCUCAGUCCUGAAGUGCAGAGUUUAUUAAGAGCACUCUUCAAGAGAAACCCUGCUAAUCGAAUUGGUGCAGGGCCAGAUGGAGUGGAAGAGAUAAAGAGACAUCGCUUCUUUGCAUCCAUUGACUGGAGUAAGUUGUACAAAAAAGAAGUGAGGCCUCCAUUUAAACCCUCAGUGGGGCGACCCGAGGACACUUUCCACUUUGAUCCAGAGUUUACCUCCAGAACUCCCACAGAUUCCCCUGGCAUUCCCCCCAGUGCAAAUACACAUCAGUUGUUCCGUGGCUUCAGCUUUGUAGCAACCAAUCAAACUCAAGAGGCCAGUGUUAAUAUUGUAGCACCGUCCCGCAAUGAGGUGAACAAUGUCACCACUGCAACACAGCAUCUUCGAGGUGAUGUAGCAUUCAGUGAUGUUUAUGAACUAAAAGAAGAAAUUGUACAAACAGCCACAUCUGUUUGUAGGAGAUGUCUGCACAGAGUCACUGCUGUGGAAUAUUGUGUAAAGAUUAUAGACAAAACCAGAAAGGAUCCAUCAGAGGAGAUUGAGAUUCUGCUGCGUUAUGGCCAACAUCCAAACAUUACCACCUUAAAAGACGUUUUUGAUGAUGGACAAAGUGCAUAUCUGGUUCAAGAUCUACUGAGGGGAAAUGAGCUGCUGGACAGAGUUUUGACGAUGCCGAAUUUUACAGAGAAAGAUGCAUCGGACAUAAUUUGCACACUGACAAAAACUGUGGAAUACUUACACUCACAAGGGGUUGUUCAUCGAGAUCUUAAACCCAGCAAUAUCCAGUACGCUGAUGACAGCGGCCUGUCUGAAAGUCUUCGGUUGUCUGAUUUUGGCUUUGCCAAGCAGCUCCGAGCUGAAAAUGGUUUACUGAUGACUCCCUGCUACACCGCUACAUUUAUGGCUCCUGAGGUUUUGAAGAAACAAGGCUACGAUGCAGCGUGUGAUAUUUGGAGUCUGGGGAUUCUGCUUUACACCAUGAUCGCUGGUUUCAGUCCAUUUGCCAGCAGUCCUAACGACACAGCCGAGGAAAUACUGGCCCAAAUUGCAAGUGGUAAAGUCAUAAUCACUGGAGGGAAUUGGGACCUGGUGUCAGAUACAGUGAAGGACCUUGUUACAAAGAUGUUGCAUGUGGAUCCACAUCAGCGGCUCACAGCUCCACAGGUCCUGCGUCACGCGUGGAUAGUAGAGCGAGACAAACUUUCUGACAAAACCCUGACGAGGCAAGAUGUGUUUAGAGUCAAAGGGGCACUGUCGGCCACAUAUUCUGCGCUGAGACGGUGCACUCCAGCUCCUGUCCUUGAGCCUGUCCAGUCCUCCAGCCUGGCGCAGCGCAGAGGGAUGAAGAAAGUGUCCAGUCCAAACGUCAGUCCCAUCGUCCAAGCAGAUUCUAGAGAAAAGGAACAAUCCAAUGACCACACUCCAAAGACAAAAGGUUAAGGAGGAUUUAUGAAUGUGUAAGCACCUUCAAUCAAAUAGCAAUGGGGCACAUUGAGGCUUUUCACCAAUACCAACACAUUUAAAGCAUUGAAGAGAUCUUUAAUAAUGCACUACACAUUAUUACUGUACAAUUACAUUGUCCUGCUUUGAUGAAGCUUAGUAGUGAGUAGUAGAAAUAGUGUGGACCAAAAGUAGCUUUUACACAAGAUGCAUUAUUUAUAUGAUGAUUGAUGAUUAUAAGUACAGCGUUAUUCAUUCACUUUGAUUUUAUAGUAAUGCUUAAGAAAAGUAAUUCAUAACUAUAUUUUAAAGCAGACCUAUUAUGUAAAAUCUACUUUUUUGGAGUUUUUAACCAUGUUAUAGUUGUUUCCCUCACCAUUUACUCGAAGUUGUAUUUGGAGUGAUUUAUUUGAACAAUCUUUUAUCGCUUAUUUUCAAGACGUCAUAUUGCUGAUCCUUGUUUCAAUCCCCGUUUUCACCGCCACCGGCAUCUGCCCACUGCUCUCUACUUCGUCUUCCAAUUUUAUGUUCUUAAUCGAUACGUGCAAGAUUCGGCAGCUUCGCGAAGAUAUUUUGGUGCAAGUGGAAAAAAUAAAAAAAUUUUAAAAAUCCACUGCUAUUCAUCGGAGGCACUGACUCUUUACUGUGAUGACGGUUAUGGUCACAUCCACUCCCAUUGGGCACUGUAGUUUUCUAAUGCAGAAGUCAGCGGACUUGUUUUUUUAAGUCGUUUUAGAUGAAUAUUCCAAUUUAAAAUGUGGAAAUUAUAACAUAAUGAUCCAUGAGUGUCAUAGAUUAUAAAUAUAUGGCAGACACAAGCACAAUAGGUCUGCUUUAAAUCACUUGUGCGCAUACUUUUGUAGUACAUUAACUACUACAGCUAGUGCAGAAAGAAAUGAGCCGCUUUUCUGACUUGUGACGUCUUUUACUCGCCUUUAUCCAACAAAUGUAUCUGUUGCUUGUAUUCCACAAAACCCAGACCUGUAUGUCACAUAGACACUUUAACUGCAGUUAUUGGAUCUUCUGUGUUUCUAGAAUAGACACUAUGGGUAGCACUAGAAUCAGAAAAUCAAGUGUCUCUCUAAGUCUACUACGGUAGCUCCAAUAGGAUAUGCGGACUUUUCCAUCACUAAAUAAUGGCAAAACUAAUAAGAGUAGCAUUGUUGUACUGUAAUAAUAUUAUGUGUUUUUGCAAUGAAGUGCAACCAAAUAUUCAUAUUGUGCAACUACGCACAAAUUACACUGUGCAUUACACUUGUACUCAAAGGAAAUUGUAAGUAUAGUUGGAGUAGGAGCUGUAAAUAUGGUUUAGAUAGAAUCACAACUUGUACAUUAUUUAGAAAAGCUAAAGCUAGUUUAUCUGUAUAUUGUGCUACAUAGAUUUAUGCAGAGAGAAAUUUGUUGUAUAUAUUAUACUUGCAAUUUAAUAGCAACUGUGUUGUUUCCAAUGCUGUGUAAAUAUUGUGAAUAGAUGGGUAAAAACUAAAUUUAUUGGAUUGGACUGCCAAGGUUUUACAAAUAAAGAUGAUGACAGAUUGACAACA